AUGCCCUUCGUGGUCUCGGGCGACUGGAACCUCACGCCAGAGGAGGUGAUCAGCACAGGAUGGACCGACACCCUUGGCGCUGACAUCGUGGCCCCGUCGCUGGCUACUUGUGUUCGUGGAGCGUCCCGCACGCUGGAUUGGUUCGUUGUCUCCCGUGGGCUGCACUACGGCUCCAGCGUCCGCCUGCUCACCGCCGUGGGCACCAAGGACCACAAGCCCGUGCAGAUCGAGCUCAAGUCCAGCCGCGUGGAGGCCCUCAUCCACGACGGCUCAGACCCCGACACCAUCUGGCAGAGCUUCGCAAGUGUCAUGGAGCAGGAGUUUCUAGAGAUAUACCAGAUCGACGGCAACGACAGCAACCCCUACAUCGGGCGAGCCCGUGAGCUGCGCGUGCAGAG